AGAAGGGAAAUGGAUAGAAAAGAGAAGGAAGGCAUAAAAACGCCUCUGCUUGUAAGUAUAGCACAAGAAGAUGGAGAUGGAGAUGGUGAUGGGGUGUUUGAAGAAGUAAAGAAGCAGGUAUGGCUGGCAGGGCCUCUCGUAUGUGUCUCCCUUCUUCAGUAUUCUCUGCAACUCAUUUCAAUUAUGUUCGUUGGCCAUCUUGGAGAGCUCUCUCUUUCUGGUGCUUCCAUGGCUACUUCCUUUGCUACUGUUACUGGUUUUAGUUUAUUCAUGGGAAUGGCAAGUGCUUUAGAUACACUAUGUGGUCAAUCAUAUGGAGCAAAACAGUACCACAUGUUAGGGAUAUACAUGCAGAGAGCCAUGCUCAUCCUUAUGUUGGUCAGCAUUCCUCUUGCUGUCAUCUGGUUCAACACCGGCUCCAUCCUAAAACUGGUGGGUCAAGAUCCCGAUAUAUCCAAAGAGGCCGGGCUCUACGCUCGGUUCAUGCUUCCCAGCCUUUUUGCGUAUGGUCUCCUCCAAUGCCUGGUCCGAUUCCUACAAACACAAAACAUCGUCUUCCCAAUGAUGGUGAGUUCCGGGAUCGUCACUUUGCUUCAUGUUCUUAUUUGUUGGAUUUUGGUGCUCAAAUCUGGGCUUGGAAGCAAGGGGGCUGCGUUGGCUAAUGCAAUCUCUUACUGGAACAAUGUCAUUUUGUUGGCACUUUAUGUCAAGUUUUCAUCUUCUUGUGCCAAAACUUGGACUGGGUUCUCCACCGAAGCCAUUCACGGCAUCCUUGCUUUCAUUAAGCUCGCGAUUCCUUCAGCUGUUAUGGUAUGCUUGGAGAUGUGGUCGUUUGAGAUGAUUGUUCUGCUUUCGGGGCUUCUUCCACAUCCAAAGUUGGAGACCUCGGUGCUUUCGAUUUGCCUUAAUACGGCAGCAGUGAUGUGGAUGAUCCCGUUUGGACUAAGCGGUGCUAUCAGUACACGGGUCUCAAACGAAUUGGGAGCAGGACAUCCACGCACAGCGCGAUUGGCGGUCAUUGUUGUGCUAGUCGUUGCCAUUGUAGUUGGAAUACUGAUCGGGUCGGUUUUAAUAUUGAUCCGCAACUUUUGGGGAUACGCAUAUAGCAAUGAGAUCGAAGUUGUGCAAUAUGUAGCAACCAUGUUGCCAAUUCUUGCGGCAUCAAACUUCUUGGAUGGUCUCCAAUGCGUUCUUUCAGGUUCUGUACGAGGAUGUGGUUGGCAGAAGAUUGGCGCAUACAUUAACCUUGGGGCAUACUACCUUGUGGGCAUUCCUUUAGCCGUUUUGCUAGCUUUUGUAUUGCACAUAGGAGGAAAGGGACUAUGGUUUGGGAUUAUUGGGGCGUUGCUCGUCCAGGUGGUUUUGCUGCUGACAAUUACCAUACGUACAAACUGGGACACAGAAGCUAAGAAGGCUCGAGAAAGGGUCUACGAGUCUGCAUUGCCUGUAAACAUUGUAUCUUAAUGGAGAAAUGUGCCAAACAUUGCAGUAGGAAGGUGUUCAUUGUUGGGACGAAUUCUCAAGUUGGAUUGAAGGGAGGAGGAAUUCAAGGACAUGAUAACAGAGUAGACGAUAAGGGAUUACUGUAUUGAAUGUUAAAAUCGGUUAACCCUAAAAUAGUUGUAUUACAAAAUAAAGAAUAUAUAUGUAUUUUGCUGAUGAUUUUGUCUUUGUUGAAUCUCAACAUGUAUCAAGCUUAUAAGGACUUUCCUAGAAAAAAAACAUCGUGAGUAGAAUAUUUGUGAGUGCUCUCCAAAAAGAUUGUGUAGAUAAUGCAGCUUUGGUUUGUUCA